AUGCCAUCCAUUCGCCCAUUAAGUCCGGAAUUGCAGAAGGUUGCAAUUGAGCAGCUGAAUGAAGUUCCCGAUCGAAUAGAUGAUGACAUUGCAGCGCUACGAACCUGGAUCGAGCAGCAGCCGCACUUAAAGGCGCGCACCGACGAUCAGUUCCUGGUCACCUUUCUGCGUGGCUGUAAGUACAGUUUGGAGAAGGCAAAGGCCAAGAUCGAUCGAUUCUACACACUACGCACAAGGUACCCGGACUAUUUCACGGGGCACAAUGUCAACGUCGAUGAACUGAUUAAAAUCUUUAGAUUGGGCGUAAUAAUUUAUUUGCCACAGCCACUAAAAGACAAUGGUCCACGUGUGGGCAUCAUGCGAAUGGCCGCCUACAAUCCAGACGAGUACAACUUUAGCGAAAUAAAUCGAGCUGCCCAAAUGAUGCAACAGAUCGUGCUUAAUGAAGAUGAUGAGGCCAUUGUCAAUGGCGUGGUACACAUCAUGGACUUGGCCAAUAUCAAGGCAGGUCAUCUCUUACAGAUGACACCGUCUCUUGCCAAAAAACUCACCGUCUACCAAGAAGAGGGUGUGCCGCUGCGACCGAAAGGCGGACAUUUUAUUAACACGCCUGGUGGUUUCGAUAAGGUUUUUAAUUUUGUCAGGCCCAUGUUGUCAGAGAAGCAACGGAAUCGAAUGUACAUGCACGGUUCCAAUUGGAAUGCAUUGUUCGAGCAAAUUCCCCAGAAGUAUUUACCAAUUGAGUAUGGUGGCGAAAAUGGCUCCAUACCUGAAAUUAUUAAGAGCUGGGAGGAGCGUAUAUUGGCCAUGAAAGACUACUAUGUGGAGGAGAACAACUACGGAACCGAUGAAAAGCUGCGGCCUGGAAAGCCCGUAGAUUUUGAAAAUCUUUUUGGGCUUGAGGGUUCCUUUAGAAAACUGAAUGUUGAUUAAUACAUAUUUCUGAAGUCAUUGAAAAUCGAUAUACAUUUCCAAAAUUAUUAUCGGUCUGUUUGUCUCCUAUAAGUACUAUAUGUAUUCCAAAAACCUAUUGAUUGUAGUAUUUAGUCGGUGUCCACAAAUAAACCUCCCUCAUCAGCUGA